AUGCCUUCUCACAGGUCUUUCAGGAUCAAGCGAUUCCUGGCCAAGAAACAAAAGCAGAAUCGUCCCAUUACGCGGUGGAUUCAGAUGAAAACUGGUAAUAAAAUCCGAUACAACUCCAAGAGGCGGCUUUGGAGAAGAACGAAGCUGGGUCUGUAAGGGAUCGAACAUGAGAUGGCACACGUUUAUGC